CGCACUAGGGUAGUCUAAUCCAGACACGCAACAUGGAUCGCAUUCUCUGCGCGAUCUUAUAGAGGACGCGCUUUGAGGGACAGUGUGAAGAAGAGAGAGAGAGAGAGUGAGAGCGAGAGAAAGCGAGUGUGAAGACGCCGGAAUCUGUCCCCAUGUCUCAGGAGCGAACCUGUUCGAAAGAAUCGAAGGAACCAGCUAGAUUUAGACCACUCCUCCCCUUUCCCUCUACAGUUCGUCUGUUGUUGAGGGGGGAAUUCUCCCGUUGUAGACCUGCAUCAACGGAAAUUUUUACCACUGUCGACUAUGGAAAACAGUACAAUGAACCGAGACUGAGAUACACUACACAGGAACGCAGCCAACUAAACACAAGCCAAUAAACAACUUCGCGGAACCGCUUGGGCAGGCACGAGGAGGACGCACAGCGGACUGUUAGGAUAGCAUCGUUAAUAACGGUGUGACAUCACAUCAGACAGGCCAUUCUCAUGGAGUUCCUGAACGACUCGGCGGUCGAAGGAGCAGACCUGGCGGCCCUGCGAUUCUACAACGACUCGCUGCUUUUUCAAAACAACUUCAGCGGCGGGUACAACGAGACGGCCUUCCUCCCUGCCAGCGUUAAACUCACCAUUGUUGUUGUCUACAUGAUCGUGUGCGUGGUGGGGCUUGUGGGCAACUGUCUGGUCAUGUACGUCAUCAUAAGGUACACCAAGAUGAAAACAGCGACUAACAUCUACAUAUUCAACCUGGCACUGGCCGACUCCUUGGUCCUCGCCACCUUGCCCUUCCAGGGGACGGACGUGUUCCUGGGAUUCUGGCCGUUUGGAAAUGCCCUGUGCAAGGCUGUCGUCUCCAUCGACUACUACAACAUGUUCACCAGCACCUUCACGCUCACCGUCAUGAGCAUGGACCGCUACGUGGCCGUGUGUCACCCGGUCAAGGCCCUGGACAUGCGGACGCCUCACAAGGCCAAGGUGGUCAACAUCUGCGUCUGGGUUCUGGCGUCCGCCAUCGGGGUGCCAGCCAUGGUGAUGGGCGACAUCGAGGUGGAGCUGGAGCACAACAGCAUCGAGUGCAUCGUGGUUCUCCCAGAUCCCCGCACCUACUGGGAUCCGGUGUUCGGCACCUGCGUCUUCCUGUUCUCCUUCCUCGUCCCGGUGGCCAUCAUCAGCAUCUGCUACAGCCUGAUGGUCAAGCGUCUGCGCAGCGUCCGCAUUCUGUCCGGCUCCAAGGAGAAGGACCGCAACCUGCGGCGCAUCACGCGCAUGGUCCUGGUGGUGGUGGCGGCCUUCGUCGUCUGCUGGACCCCGGUGCAGAUCAUGGCGCUGGCCCAGUCGCUGGGCUUCAACCUGGGCUCGCUCCUCACCGUGGUCCUGAUGCACUUCUGCAUCGCGCUGGGCUACGUCAACAGCAGCCUCAACCCGGUCCUCUACGCCUUCCUCGACGAGAACUUCAAGAGGUGCUUCAGGGAGUUCUGCCACCCGGGCCCGUUCCACCUGGACAGUCGGCAGCAGUCGGGACGCAUGAGGAGCAUCGCCCGGGAGGUGGCCUACAACUGCAAGACGGCGGAUGGGAACACAAACCCCGCGUGACUAGGCGUGGAGCUGCCUCUGGUCUGCCACGAGCCCCAGAACCACCACCACCAAGGGACCGGCAACUCCAACACAGAGCUCACGCAGAUCACCACCCUCUAGCAGUGCGCCGGCCCCCUAGGCUGGGGCCGAAUGGGAAUGGGCCGGGGCAGGGGGACGGAGUUGGUCCAGGACAGGGGGCCGGAGUUGCCCCGGGGCAGGGGGCCGGAGUUGGGCAGGGGCAGGGGGCCGGAGUUGGGCCGGGGCAGGGGCAAGGUCCGAAUGGCCUGGCUGGGGCCUGAGCCAGAUCUGAGCCGGAGCGAUUUGAAGGCUGAACAGCAGGGUCAAGUACUCUAAGAGAUUGUCUACCUGGGACAAAGGGGCUGUACUUCUGUGUCUUCACUUCACAUGGAUGUUAUUUACAAAGACACAAUGUUGUUGCUUGUUUUGAUUGGUUAAAGGGACCAUCUGGGAUUUACAGAACAACAAUCCCAGGUUUCCCCUUUAAAUAUUUUCAGGACGAUUCAGAGUAGAGAUCUGCUUUACUCUACAUAUACCAUUGAUUUCAAAGGAUGAUGAUUAGUCUCCUAUUUACGUAAAUGGAUGAUGAUCAGUCUCCUGUUGACUGUAAUUGGUGACUUCAAUGGUAGAGGAUGAGUCUUCAACUCACUUCAGUAGAUUAUUUCAGUGAAAUGUAUCUCACCUCUGAAUCUGACGUGUUCUCUGUUUCUUGUUAUAGUAUUAUGUUGUUGUUAUAGUAAUAUUUGGGUUGUUUCGUAAAAACGCUUAUUUGUCUGUUUUUAUGCUUUAAGUAAUUACUGCAAGUGUGGACGUUUUAAAUGUAUGUUUGUUUUAUUUUGUUAAAGGAGAACUAAUCUGAUUCCAUGGCCUUAAAUACCAAGCGAAGUCUGUUAUAAAUACUAUCCACUAUCCUGGAUAAAGUGUGUUAGUCUUUGAUGGUGCUUUACUGUUAGUUUUCUAUAACCUUCUGUUUUGUAUGACUGUACAGGUGUUGUGUAGGUAAGAACAGUGAAUCACCACAGAGACUUGCUUACUGAAUCAUCAUUGUUGAUGAAAUAAUCACAGGUGACAAUGUUGCCUGACCCUAUAGGUAUAGGUAUAUAUUUGAAUAUAUAUGUAUAGGUAUAUAUUUUAGUAUAUACGU